AUGGUCGUCGGAACCGUAUUGAUCACCGGAGGUACCGGAUACAUUGGCUCCUUCACCACGCUCGCGCUUCUCCAACACGGGUACCAUGUCGUGGUUGUCGACAGCCUAUACAACUCUUCCAAGGUGUCUCUGGACCGCAUCGAGCUCCUCUGCGGAAAACGACCCGAUUUCUACCAGGUCGAUGUCACCGAUGAGGAGGCCUUGGACAAGGUGUUUGCAGCUCACCCCCACAUCGACAGUGUGAUCCAUUUCGCCGCUCUCAAGGCUGUUGGCGAAUCCAGUGAGAUCCCAGUCGAAUAUUACCGCGUGAACGUUGGCGGAACCAUCGCUCUUCUCCGCUGCAUGAUCAAGCACGAUGUUCCCAACUUCGUCUUCUCCUCCUCUGCCACAGUUUACGGCGAUGCGACUCGAGUGCCGAACAUGAUUCCCAUCCCUGAACACUGCCCGAUCGGCGCGACGAACCCAUAUGGAAGAACGAAGAGUAUGAUCGAGGAUAUCGUUACAGACCACAUCAACUCUCAGCGCGCGAAGGCAAAAAAGGAGGGAAAGUCGUUUGAGAGGUGGAAUGGAGCUUUGUUGAGAUACUUCAACCCUUGUGGCUCUCAUCCCAGUGGAAUCAUGGGUGAAGAUCCACAAGGUAUACCAUUCAACUUGUUGCCAUUGUUGGGCCAGGUUGCCACUGGGCAAAGAGAGAAGCUGAUGGUGUUUGGUGAUGACUACCCCUCAAGAGACGGCACCGCAAUCCGCGACUACAUUCACGUCGUCGACCUCGCAAAGGGCCACCUGGCAGCGCUUAACCACCUUCGGGAGACCAACCCCGGCGUCCGCGCCUGGAACCUGGGCUCUGGCCGCGGCUGCACCGUCUUCGAGAUGAUCAACGCCUUUCAGAAAGUCGUCGGUCACCCCUUGAAAUACGACGUCGUAGCAAGACGCGCAGGUGACGUGCUGGACCUGACGGCCAAUCCGGCGCGUGCGAACAAGGAGUUGGCGUGGAAGACGGAGCUAACGCUCGAGGAUGCAUGCGAGGAUCUGUGGAGGUGGGUGAGCAAUAAUCCGAAGGGGUAUCGUCAGGAUCCACCCGAGGCGUUGCUGGCUGCUCUCAAGGAGAAGUAA